AUGGAGACUUGGCCAGAAAAUGAGCAGCAGAGAAGGAAAGGGGACACCUGCUAUGGUUCUCUGGGCCUUCUAGAAAAGAGAAGGCCUUUGGCUACCCACUCAGAAACGUACAAGAAAGGUGAUACUGUAGACAUCAGGGACGUCGCGAGGCUCUCUCCUUCUUCUGCGCGCCUCCGACCUCCUUCGGACAGAUGCUCCAGGAGCCGCGACCGAGUAGCAGCGCUGGGCCCGCCAGGGCAGCCAGCAGUGACACCGGGGGAUGCCAACGCAAAACAGUGCGCAGACUCCUCGGCGCGCUGCGGACUCUCCACUCGCCUAAACCUGCUCUCAAGUGAUGGCGCGUUUUCCUUAAACCCCUCUUUCAGCAUCUUGGCCCCAGUGCUUGGUCGGCUGCAGCGGGUGAACCCCGAAGACAGGGGGGCCCCGGCGCCACGCAGGCUCGGAGGAGAGCGCGUCGAGAGGGGCGCGGCGGCGCCGGCGCAGGAAACUUGGGAGAAGUUAGUUACAAGUGCCGGGCGGCGGCCGAGAGGAGCGCCAAGGGGACGCGGCCGCGGCUGCAGCGCGGAGGAGGCUGCGCCGCCUUCCACGCCCGGCGCGCUCUGGUCGCUCGGCGCGCCUGGAGGGGCUUGGAGCGAGCGGGGUCAGCAUGGCCGGGGGGACCGCCCGACAUCGCGCCUGGGAGAGCCAGGAGAAUUUCCUCUGAGGCCGGGCGACCCCAAGGUUGCUCAAGCCUCAUUCAGCCUCCUUCCUCACCCCUCCAGCGCAAAGGCCAGAGAGGAAGACUUGAAAGGCAGGUGCUGGAGGGACAGUGCCCCCGAAAAAACCCCAGCCGAUAGGGGCGUCCCCAUCAGCACGCCCUGCCCGGAGCCAAGAAGACCGGCUGGUGCUGCCGUAUUUGUAUUUAUAUCCAUUGCUGAGCUCUGCGUUCCCGUGGCGCGCCCGGACCCUCCUCCGCCUCCCCCCUCCUCUUCCUUCGAGGCCACCUCCUCUCCUCCCCCACCCCCAUCUGCUUCUGUCAAAUGAGAAAGUCACCCAGGAGAACCCAAACACUCCAGCCGCCGAGAGCCCCCUUUGGCACUUGGCAGCACGCGGCGGCGGGCUCCUCGGCUCAACUUGGUAGAGCCUCCGCGACGCAACUUUCGGGACUGCUUUGCAUUUAGGAAAGAGAAAACGGA